ACUAAACUACGAUAAAUACAUAAAAGAAGAAGACGAAGACCAAUGAGUGCGUUCAUUUCUGAUCACGUGACUCAGAAACAUGGCGUCUCGCUGAUGAGGAGAGCUGGAUGAAAAUAAAGCAGAAUUUUUCUUUGAUUAAUUGAAUUUUAGGGUCCAGAUUUCCUGUGAACUUUACACGCACAUUCACGGUAAUACUUUGUUUUGUAUGGAGAUGGUUAAUGAGUCGCUUUAUGUCUUUGCCGUCUAAAUCUGCUCUGUGAUGAACUCUGUUGUGAACUAAUUUAACCAGAAUAAACUCUUUCUCUUGUUGUUUAAUGGUUUUGUCCCGUGGUGCGUUCAUGGUCCCUCUCACCUGUGCAGGUGAUGAAGCUGCGCGUGCAGCUGCAGUGUAAGAACCUGCAUGAAUACCUGAGAGAGCUGAGUCCUGAGAUCCUGGACCGGCUGUACAACCACCCAGCGACAUGUUUGGCUGUCUACAGGUGAGACUUUUACACCUGAACCUGUUUAACACAACACAACCACCUGUCCUCAGGUGAGAUCAAUACCUUUACAACCAACUCGCACACACACACACCCCUGUACAAAAUAAACACAUACAACCACCCGGGGACCCGUUUGGCUCACUACAGGUGUCAACUCAUGUUUACCUUGUUGUAUUGACUUUCAUAUGUUGUGUAUUUAUUAGGAAUUUAUUGUGUGGUUGUUGUUUCAUAGGGAGCUUCCCUCUCUGGCGAAGAACUAUGUGAUGCGAAUGCUGUUCCUGGAUCAGCCUCUUCCUCAGGCUGCUGUAGCUCUGUGGGUGAAGAAGGACAGUCAGAGGUGAGUCCACGCAUCAGAACUUCAAUUGAUUUAUAAUGUGUUUCAGUCUCUGAACAACCAAACAUGUCUGUGACUGUAUGUCUGAGACCCUGGAUCACGAUGUGUGUGUCUGUGUUUGUCUCUGCAGCGAUCACGAUGAGUGUGUGUCGGUGCUAACAGGACUCCGUCUGUGGCACAGUCAGCAGUUGCAGGGAGGUCUGCAGGGUUACAUCUUAAAUCCUGUGUUUAAAGAGAACCUGAGGAUCGCUCUGCUUGGAGGGUAGGUCUAUGUUUAUUACACAGAGAAUAUGCACUCAGCUGAUGUUCUGUAACAACAUUAUCCUUCCAAUCCUUUAAAAUAUCAUUAAAAUCACAUCUAAUCAUGUCCUAAACACGUCAUUAUCUGUUAUGCUCAUGUUUUUCUUCUUAUGUACACUUAUAAUUUCUCUAUCUCUGGUUGGGCUGGUUGAUGAUUAGUAUAUGUUCUAUUUAUGACAAUUUGUAUAUGUUUUGACCUUUCUCUACUCAUUGUAUAUUUAAAACAUGUCCUAAUGUCCUAAUUACUAUGUUGUUUUGCACCCUGUGCCUUUACUGACAAGAGUGGAACUCUGUAUAAGCUUAUCAGCUUCGUUGCCUCCUUGCACUGUUUUUAAUCUGUGCUAAAUGAAAAAAAAAAAAAAAUAAAUAACUUCGUAUGAUUUUGAAGAUUCAGAUCUACAGGUUCUGGAAAAGUUGUGACAAUUUUUAGUUUCUGGAAGUAAAGUUUCUGCUGCUGUGUUGUCACAAAGGGGCAAAGCAUGGGCAGAUGAGGGCGCCACCCUGGGUCCAGACCGUCACGCUCGGGACAUUGAGAGUCUGGACCGCUAUGCCAUGGAGCGCUGGGAGGUGAUCCUGCAUUUCAUGGUGGGGUCUCCCUCUGCUGCUGUCAGCCAGGAUCUGGCUCAGCUGCUGGUUCAGGCAGGACUCAUGAAAAGGUGAAUCCGAGCUAUAGCACAGCAGGGUGAGGGUGGGCGUGUAACCUGACGUCAUCAGAAGUCUUUAACAUGUCACUCUUUUUUUCUUCUGUGGUUUUCAGUGAAGCAGGAGAGGCACCCUACAUCACCUCUGCUGGUUUCCAGUUCCUUCUGCUGGACACGGCCUCUCAGCUCUGGUACUUCACCCUGCAGUACCUCAAAACUGCUCAGGUAUCUUUAAACUGUUCCAGUUUGUCAGGACUUUUCUGCUGUCUUCAACUGCUUGGGUUUCAUUAGAACUUUUCAUGUACCUUAAAACCACUUGGCUGCUCCAGUGAUACUCAAGUGCUAACACACUGCUGCAGUUUGCUCUUGUGUAGCAUCUCUACUCUCUGCAGGACAGAACUGUGCUGUAAGCUCCCGUCUAGAAGAUGAGCUUUAUUGGGGGGGAGACACUUUUUAUGGGCUUAUUGAGACGUGGAUUUCAACCAGUGAGACACAAAUUUUUCAGUUUAAAACAAAACAACAUUCAUAAACAAAUGCAGCGAGAACAUCUGAUCUAGAUCAUAAAAACCCACCAAUUCCCAGCAGCCUAUAAAGAUAUCACUGUUUGUGUCCGCGAGUGUUUGUGAAAGAGAGUUUUGUUCAUCUGUAGAGAAAGAGUUCAGUAUGUGCAAACAGCAGUGGAGAGAGGAGACUUACUUCCUUUACUGUAAAGAUUUAGAUGUAUUUGACUCUUUGCAUGUAGUUUAUGAUGGAGACUGUGUGAUUUUGUCUUAUUCGCACAGGUUUAGAGGUGCAAAAUCUGCAUAUGCCUUUAGUCAAUCGGAGCCUGAGAGUCUCUACUGAUAUAUUUUCUGGUCCUCAUCUUUUUCAGUCCAGAGGGAUGGACCUGGUGGAGAUUUUAUCCUUCUUGUUCCAGCUCAGCUUCUCCACCCUUGGCAGAGUGAGUUAUCAUCUUCAAGUCUGUUCAACUCAGUUACAGUCUGUGUGAUUCUCCACUCCAACACUGCUCCUAUGAGUUAGAGUUUCUCUGGUAUCCAUGGAUCAAUUUCUGCCUUUGUGUUUCAGGAUUACUCUGUGGAGGGGAUGAGCGAGUCUUUACUCACCUUCCUGCAGCAUCUUAGGGAAUUUGGACUUGUCUUCCAGAGAAAGGUGAGACACAGAGACCUGGAGAGAGAAAAUCACUUAAUAUACUGUCAGCAACACCUCCUCCAGUCCCCUCAGUGAAAAGGAGACUGUACUGACCCUCCUGUAAUAACACUGGGAGCACAGAACAAAGGGGAGCUACUGUGAAAACAGACUCAGAGUCCAGGUGUAAAAAAAAGGAUCCUAUUGUUCAUGAAAUAAUGUAAUGCAUGUAACUAUAAUGAGAUUUCUGUUUCGUACAGAGGAAGUCGAGAAGGUACUACCCAACCAGACUGGCUAUCACUCUGGCUGCAGGAGUUACCAGCACCUCCUCCUCCUCUUCUUCAUCCUCCUCCUCCUCCUUCGCCUCUGCCCCUAGUACAGGAGACACAGGAUUCAUCGUUGUGGAGACGAACUAUCGUAUCUAUGCUUACACUAGUAGGUUUGAACAGUUCCAGCACCAAUGCACAGUGAGAUAUCAGUUUAAGAGAUUAUUUCUGAGAGAUCUGUGUUUAAUUGCAGCUCCUGAAAGGAUGCAGAGACCCUAACCCUGUCCGUCUGUUUCUCUUUCUGUGUUUUUAUCCCUCCCACUCUCUCUCUCUCUCUCUCUGUAAGAUUCUGAGCUUCAGAUUGCUCUGGUGGCUCUGUUCAGUGAGAUGUUGUAUCGUUUCCCUAAUGUAGUCGUGGCUCAGGUCACCAGAGAGUCAGUACAACAAGCCAUCGCUAACGGCAUCACUGCACAACAGGUACUCACCUCACACACAGAAAAGCACGCAGGCACACUGCAGGGCAAGUUCAGAGUGAGACUGCAAUCAGAAGUCUCUUCUUUCUUAUCAAAAUAACAAAAAUCUGAGGGCUCUGAAAAUUAACACUGCAGAAAAACCAACCGUCUCUUUGACUUUCAGAUAAUCCACUUUCUGAGGACCAGAGCUCACCCGGUCAUGCUCAAGCAGGUGAGUCUAUGUCUGUGUAUUCUGACAGGGAAAAGAAAACUUGACAGUUUGGAUUGUAGGAUCUCUGCAAAGUUUCUUCAUUCUCCUCUCUUACUCACUGUUUCAGACUCCUGUUCUUCCUCCGACCAUCACAGAUCAGAUCAGACUGUGGGAGCUGGAGAGAGACAGACUGCAGUUCACUGAGGGUCAGAUUCACUGAGAUUUCUAUACAGAGUUCCUGCAAAAAGUUCUAAUAAUGUUCACUUGACUUUCACAGGUCUGAAACUUUAGACAUCUCUUUGACUGCGACAUGGCUGCAUGUUGGAUCCAACUCAAAAGCAUCAGCUCUCACACCUAAAUCUUCUCAUUAACCUUUAUCAGUCCAUCAGUAUAAGUGAUCAGUACAGUCUUGUAGAAAUAGACCAUCAUGCUGUGCAGUCUAUCAAAGAGAGUCCAUCAGAAAUCAGUCAUUGAUGUAAAUCUGUGUUUACAUUGACGGUCAUUUACUGAGCAACUCUGAGGGUGUUUAGACAUUUUCAUUCAUUUCUGAAUGACAAAAGACAAAACAGAGUUGGGGAUUUAGACUAUGUUUAUCCUGUUUUAAUGUGUGUGUGUGUGUGUGUGUGUGUGUGUGUGUGCACUGCGUGCGUGUGUGCAUCUGUGAGCUGAGCUGUAUCUGCUGCUGUUUGAGCUACUGCUUUCUGUAAAAGAGAGGAGGAGGAGGCAGAAUGACCUUCAUCCCUCACCUGACUGUGUGUUUGUGUGUGUUCUGCAGGUGUGCUGUAUAACCAGUUCCUGUCCCAGGCAGACUUCGAGGUGCUGCGAGACAGAGCUCAGGUCAGAUUAAUUUAUUUUGAUCCUUUUUUCUUAAAAACAGGUGGGGCAUGGGUCAAACUUUAAAAUCCAAAUCCAGGUUAAAUUCAUGUUUCUACAGCAUGGUUCUGUUAUUACAGUUGGUACUUUUCAUGCUGAUAUAUGUCCAACGCAAACUGCCAUGUUUAAAUAAGUCAAAACUUCCGCUUUUGCCCUCACACAACAAAAGGUGUGCCGUCCAUCUUUAUAUCCAAUCAGUGCUCUCAGCCUUUUGCUGGAACUACAAUUAACUCUUGACUUUUAACAACAGUCUAUCAGAAGACACGGUGGAUAAGGGCAGUUGAUUUUUUUGUUCCUCCUGCUGCUGUCUGACAUCUUUCCCAGCUGUUAACCUGUUGUUUACAUUCUGUUUACCUGUUGUUUUUGUUGUAAUUGUGGUCUUCAGGGUCUGGGCUGUCUGGUGUGGCAGGAUGUGGCUCACAGGGUGAUAGUGGUGACCCCCCAGGGUCACAGUGAGGUCAAAAGGUUCUGGAAACAACAGAAGACUCACACGUAGCAGAGGGAGGAGGGGCAGAGCUGUCACGCCUGGUAACAGGUGUUUUCAGUGUUUUGUAUGUUUCAUAAAUGUUGAUGCGGUUUUGUUUUGGAUUAAAUGAUGAGAGAAAGAAAGGAAAA